GUUGACGCUGCGUUGCCCGCCGUUUUUGAAUUCUGAUUUGGUGCUUUCGCCAUUUUCGUCGUAUGACUUCGGUAUGUCCGGGAGUGAUGAUGGGUUGACAGUACGGUAUUCAUUGCACAGUUGGAUGUAUACAAGUUUAUCCAUACAACCAGAGUGCCGAUACCGUUCGGUAUCGUACGUGGUUCGUAAACUUACUUUGUACAGUGGACUAGAUUAUGCGCAUAAACUAAAAGGGAUCGUACGAUUUGUCUUUAGAAUACCGGUAUCCUUCAUUAAUUCAAUCUUGUUUAUACCAUGAGUCUAUCAAAUCAGCAAAAACUUGGAAUCAUGCUAUGGGCAAAGCGCCGCCGUGAAAAAGAAAACAAUACCUGUACCGGUACACGAAAUUCAAGGCGAUGGUGGGUGCACCCCAUCUUGAGAAAACGAGAGGAAGCUGGAAAUUGUUGACAGAUACUGGAAUAUUAUCAGAUAAGUAUAUCGAUUGCUGUAUUUUAUGUAUAUGUUAUUAUGACAGAAAUUUGCUUUUUUAAAUUUUUUUAACAGGGGUGAGCUAAUAUUUCAUGUGUUUGUCAAGAAGAUGUCUAGUUCUUUUGUGUUAUUAUCUGUCAUGGUGAAUUUCAUGCACUGGUACAGGAAUUACGGUUGCAGCGACCUGCAUAUUUCAAGGAAUAUUUUAGAAUGUCGACAAAAGAGUUUGACAAGUUACUUGGAAUUGUUGGUCCAAAAAUAGAAAAAUUAACGACGACGUACAGAAGGCCAAUUUCCGCUGCAGAGCGAUUGGCUGUAACAUUGAGAUUCUUGGCAACUGGAGACUCUUAUCGGACCAUUGCCAAUGGUUAUCGUUUAGGGAUUUCCACCGUUUCCCUCAUUGUACCAGAUACAUGCAGAGCCAUUUGGGACACACUCCAACCAAUGGUUUUGCAAUGCCCAUUCACCCAAGCUGCAUGGACAACAAUUGGGAAUGACUUUGAAGCGAGGUGGCAAUUCCCGAAUUGUUUAGGUGCCAUUGAUGGCAAACAUGUCAUCAUUCAAGCCCCAAACAAUUCGGGAUCCAUGUUUUUUAAUUAUAAAAAGACGCACAGCAUUGUGUUGAUGGCUGUGGUGGAUGCAAAUUAUAAAUUUGUGGCAGUCGACGUUGGAGGGUAUGGGAGGAGCAGUGAUGGGGGUAUAUUUGCCGACUCCUGUUUUGGCAGAAGAUUGGCCAAUGGUACCCCCAAUCUUCCUAAUCCUAGGCCAUUGGGAAGGACGAGUCAUGGAGACUGCACCCCAUUUGUAUUUGUAGCUGAUGAGGCAUUCCCUUUGAAGGAAAAUAUUAUGAGACCAUAUGGUGGGAACAACCUGAACUCAAAACAGAAAAUAUACAACUACAGGUUGUCAAGGGCUCGCCGAAUGGUAGAGAGUGUUUUCGGAAUACUUUCCAACCAAUGGAGAGUAUUCCAUGUGGUAAUGCCUCUUCAGCCUACAAAUGCUGAUGGGGUGGUGAAGGCCACCUGUUGCCUCCAUAACUUUUUGAGGAAAGGAGAAAAUCAGCCAGAAAGAGUGCAGGAAGCUUCCUCAGAAGCUGAUAGCAAUACCUUACUGAGGAGUUUGUCACAGAUUGGGGGUCGUGCAACAUCCCGGGCGAUUGCUACAAAGGAAUCGUACACUGAUUUUUUUAGUGGCCAAGGAGCUAUUGGAUGGCAAAAUGACCAAGUUUGAAGGUGAUCAGAUCAUUAUACACUAUUACGCAAUAAACAUUAAUAAUAUAUCGAGGUUGAAGUUGCAUAUCUUGUUGCGUCAUUG